AUGAUUCUAUUGAGGAGAAAAAGUCGCGACGAGGAAUGUUUCGCGAAUAAUGAGGCCAACGAAAAGAAACGCGCAAAGGAGGAGAAAGAGAAAAAGAAGAAAAACGCGAAGAAAAUGGUGUCGAUGCCAUUGCGGAAGAAAAGUCAAGAGCACAACAAUAAUGUGAAGGUUCGUAAAAUCUCCGCGACGACAACUGAAGAUGGGAGAAGGAGAGAGAAAUGUGAGGAGAGGAAAGAAAUCAAAGAAGAAAAGGAGAAAAGAGAGAGGAAUGGAGGCAGGAGUGCUGAGGGGAGUCCGGGCAGGAAGACCAGUGACAGGUUCGGGUUCCCGGCUGCACUCAGGAGUCCGGCUGCCAUUUUGAGGCGCAAGAAGAAACCGUUAGGCCCGAGUCUCAGCUGGGAUCCGGAUCGUGUGCGAGAGAAGGGGAAAACCGCAAGUCCCGCAGCUCCAGAGCAGAGAUCACGAAUCCACUCAGACGGCUCCGAGGCCGAAGCGGAGAACUCUGAUCCCGACGAGGGACGCAGUGAGCUUGAGCAAGUGUGUCCACAUUGUGCCCUGCUGGCCGACUACAAGAAAAAGUUGUUAAAGACGGAGAUUGAAACGGCUGUGAUGCGUUUAGCGCGAAGACUCGGCUCGACCACUGGGAGAACCUGGGUCAGAGGAGAGCAAAUGACGAGAAGCAUAAAAAUCGAGGCCCCAGACAUCGUGGUCUCGUCGAUUUCUUCAGACGAAGAGGACGCAACAAACGAGACGACGGGCAGCGAGGGACACUUUAGCUCACUGCAAACGAGUGAAGCCAGUUCCCCUUGUUCCUCGAAUUCUCCAUCGCCGCAAAUUACUCGAAACGAGAAUGACGUCACUUUUGACUCGUCGGCUGGCACCGAGGAAUCUGUUGAUAGUCUGUUGUUGAGACAACACGGUCUCCAGCUUCGACCCCCGAAAUUCCUCUCCCCAUAUCCCGACUCGAACUCACCACCCCGAAGCAACAGUGUCGAUUUGUCGACGUUGAGACGAGACAUCGAGCUACUCUCAAUCUCAUCGGGCGACUCGGAGGGUGACUCUUCGUCGGAAUUCGAUCCACCCACCCCAGCCGAUUCAAUUCGAACGUUUCGUAGUCGAUCUCAUGAUCCAGCUCCUUCACCUGAGAAUCUCUUAAGGCGACCGUCUCGUAUCGAACAUCUCAGCGAAUUGUUCAGAAAAGCUCUUGCGAAAUCGCCGGUGGUACGGCGAACAGCCGAGCACGAGCAUCGAACGGUCAACAAACACAGGACGAGUCGAUAUUGGUUUGAUGAACAGAUCCUCCCCGCCGAACACAUUUGGUUGCCAUCGUCGGGGCCGGGCAGUAGCGCCAGUGCUGACAACGAUUGCUAUUUGGGGGAUAAAGGCGGUUGCGAGAAAAGCGGUGAGAAACGUCGCUGCGCCGCGUGCCAUAUCGUUGCCCAUACCGCGUGUUUCCCGAUUCUGGCCAAGUUGAAUCUCAAUUGUAAGCUCACUUUCCGGGAUCACGGCCGAAAGCACAACACGAAAGAUCUCGUCGACGGGCUUGUCAUGCAUCACUGGGUGCACAAGUGGAGACACGAGGGACGAUGUAAAGGUUGUGGGAAAAGCUUUCAGCAGAAGAUCUUUUUUCAUCAAAAAGAGAAGGAACCCGUGGCUGUCUCGUGUUCAUGGUGCAAAGAGUCGUAUCACAUCAAGAAUUGCUUUGACACCGAGAAAUUGGCUGAAAAAUGCGAUCGGGGUUGUCUCCACGAUGUGAUCAUCCCACCCGGGUGGAUUCUCCGAUUGCCAAAUCGAAAGAGAAACAAACAUCGCAACAAGGCCAACGGAAAACGGUCAAUCCGCUCAUUCAUCGCAAAACCGAUGGACGUGCAUGCCGGUGGUCCCUCUCAGCCACUCGUCGUUUUCGUUAAUCCAAAAUCCGGCGGGAAUAAGGGAUCAAAGGGACCGAAAUUUGGGCUGGAGGUGUAUCGAAAGGUGGCCACCCAGUUGCGGCUGCUUGUUUGUGGCGGAGACGGCACGGUUGGUUGGGUGCUGCAGACGCUUGAUCAGCUAAACUGGGCCACCUAUCCACCGAUGGCGUUGCUCCCGUUGGGCACCGGAAACGAUCUUUCCAGAUGUAUGGGUUGGGGUGGCUCGUUCUCGGAUGAGCCCCUCUCGCAACUCCUACAAGCGAUCCUCCACGAGAGCUCGAUCACGCAUUUAGAUCGCUGGCGAAUCGACGUUGAACCGAAUCUCUCAACGCCGCUGGAAUCUCUGGAUGAGAUGGGAGAAGCCGUUCAAUCAUCCCUUCCAUUGACGGUCAUGAAUAACUACUUCAGUAUCGGUGCUGAUGCCCACGUUGCUCUUCAAUUUCAUCACUCAAGAAGUGCCAAUCCAUCAAUGCUAAACAGUCGACUGAAAAAUCGAAUCGCUUACGGUGGCCUGGGCACAAUUGAUCUUUUCAAGAGGAGUUGGAAAGAUCUCAGUGAAUAUGUGCGAUUGGAGUGUGAUGGGAUUGAUUUGACGCCAAAGUUGAAAGAGUUGAAGCUACACUGUGUCCUCUUUCACAAUAUCACGUAUUAUGCUGGAGGAACUGUCCCCUGGCCAGCCGACGAUGAAUCUCCUCGUCCAUCGUCUUGUGACGGGAAAAUCGAGGUUCUCGGCUUUACCACAGCCACUUUGGCGGCUCUCCAAAUGGGCGGCAAGGGUGAACGACUUGCACAGUGUUCGUCGGUUCGAGUCAUCACCACAAAGGCAAUUCCGAUGCAGGUUGACGGAGAACCGUGUAUGCUCGCGCCGAGCAGUAUCAAUCUGCAAUUUCAUAGCAAAGUGCCAAUGCUACGUCGCGAGAAGAAAGUCGUUUGCUCACCAUCGCUGAGGAAAGGUCCAAAAUGGAGCCGCUCAUCCGAAGUCUCCUAUCCAUCGACUUCUCUAAUCAUGCAAUUGCCGGUGAUUGUUGUGGGGAGACAUGACUAUGACACGUAUAAAGAUGCGAUCGAACGACUCAAAGAUACCGCUUUCGAGAUUGGCAUGAUUUCGAUCGAAGCCGAAACGGAUAUCAUUCAGGCUCGUCAACACAUUCACAAGCUACUCAAUGAUCAUCCCUGUUUACCGUACGAGCACACAAACGAGUGGAGAUUUCUUGAUUAUGUGACAAACGCCGAAGAGGGCACAUUUCGGGUGUCUCGACACGCUGAGUACGCGCAAUCCGUAUCGGAUAUUUGCAAUCCGGAUGAAUGUCUGAUGAUUCUCGAUGACGCUUUCCCGUCGAUCACUUCAAGAGGCGCGGCUAUCGCAACGGAUCUCGUCUUCUCACCGAAAAUGCCCCAGCAGAGUGGCUACAAUUCAACCGUUUUGCAAAAACAAUCGUCAAUCGGCUCUUCACCCGUCACCUCAUCACAGCCAAUAAUGGGUCAACCGCGUCGCGCCUCGUCGCGUCGAAUCUCGGAAACGCUGCGCAUCGUUUUAAGCAGUGAUGCCAAAGAGACACAUCUA